AAACAGGUGGAGCGGAGCCCUAGUUUUUAGCUCCCAAGCCCUAGUUUUAAGAUCCUCAUUCCCCCACCCCCGCCCAUACCCCACCCCCCGCCGAUACCCUGCUUCGUUUCAUCGAUCCGUGUUGCAAAAGGUGGGUCGGAGCGAUUUUGAGGAAUUUUAGGUAUCUGAGAUCCAUUUAUUCUUACACUGCAAAAGAACGGCCGGUUCAAAUAGCAACCAAGGACUCCAAAGAUGAGUUCUUUAUCUUUUUCGCCUACAAUAAGUAGAUCGGAGAGUUACAGCUAUGUAUCCGGGUCGCAUAUAAAUUUAAGAAGCACUUCCUUUGGUGCUGAUCUGCAAAGGAAUCUAUUUAGCGGCAGUAGUGGAAUUUUGUUUGGUCAUUUGUGGAAAUCUAGUGGUCAAAAUGGGCGCAGAAUUGGCGUUUUUGCGAGGAUUAAGAAGGGCCAGAAGCAUGAGUACCCCUGGCCAGAUGAUAUUGAUCCGAAUUUGAAAAGCGGACACUUGAGUUACCUCUCUCACUUCAAGCCUCUAACUGACAAGCCAAAGCCAGUCACCCUUUCUUUUGAGAAGCCAUUGGUUGAUCUUGAGAAGAAGAUCAUUGAUGUGCGGAAGAUGGCUGAUGAAACUGGUCUGGACUUCAGCGAUCAAAUUAAUUUAUUGGAAAGCAAGUAUCAGCAGGCCGUGAAAGAUCUAUACACACAUUUAACUCCAAUCCAACGGUUGAACAUUGCUCGCCAUCCCAACAGGCCAACUUUUCUUGACCAUGUUUUAAACAUCACCGACAAGUGGGUGGAGCUUCAUGGAGACCGUGCAGGAUAUGAUGAUCCUGCCGUUGUUACAGGAAUAGGAAGCAUAGAUGGCAAAAGCUAUAUGUUCAUUGGUCACCAGAAAGGCAGGAAUACAAAGGAAAAUAUACAACGUAAUUUUGGAAUGCCAACUCCACAUGGCUAUCGGAAGGCCUUGCGGAUGAUGCGGUAUGCUGACCAUCAUGGAUUUCCUAUCAUCACAUUUAUUGACACUCCUGGAGCAUAUGCUGAUCUCAAAUCUGAGGAACUUGGUCAGGGAGAAGCGAUAGCUUACAACCUGAGAGCUAUGUUUGGGCUCAAGGUUCCAAUUGUCACUGUUGUUAUUGGUGAAGGUGGAUCUGGGGGAGCUCUUGCUAUUGGCUGUUCAAAUAAGAUAUUUAUGCUGGAGAAUGCUGUAUUUUUUGUUGCCAGCCCGGAAGCAUGUGCUGCCAUCUUGUGGAAGUCAUCGAAAGCAGCCCCUAAGGCUGCCGAGAAACUGCGAAUCACAGCUGGCGAACUGUGUAAGCUGAAAAUCGCGGAUGGGAUCAUCCCAGAACCUCUGGGUGGUGCACAUACAGAUCCUGCCUGGACUUCCCAGCAGAUAAAGCUGAUGGUCACCAAGGCCAUGAAGGAACUUGCACCAAUGGAUGUAGAUAGCUUACUUUCUCAGCGGCAUAUGAAGUUCCGAAUCCUUGGUGGUUUUGUCGAAGGGGAGGCAGUGGACCCGGAGAAGAAGCGCAACAUGAAGAAAAAGGAGGAAGAUCUUUCUCAAAUUACCGCCGAUUUAGAGGUAGAAAUUGAAAAUCUCAAGAAGACCACACAAGACGCCAAAGGGAAGACCCCAGUUCCUACGAUCUCUGACGAGGCAGUUGAGAAGCUGAAAGAAGAAGUCGACAAGGAAAUGAUGAAUGCCUUUAUAUCAAUGGGCUUGCAGGAGAAGCUAGAAGCCCUUAAGAUGGAGCUUUCCAAAUCCCCUAAUGCUUCCGAUCAAGCACUUAACCCAGUAUUAAAGGAGAAAGUAGACAGGCUAGUACAAGAAUUUAACCACAAUUUAUCUCGUCCAGGGUCCUUCAUGUCCUUGAAGCAAAAGCUUCAAAUGGUAUCCGAGGUCACGAAGCUGCACGAGAAGUCGCUGAGGGGAGAGAAGCUGAAGAAGGAACUUAAUGAGAAGCUCCAAGCACAGGUGAAGGACCAAAUUGAGAUAUUGAGAAAUGCGAGGGAGAAGGUCGCAAAGGGAGAGAAAUUAGAGGAGGAACAAGUGAAGGAGGUCGAGAAGGCCAAGGAGGAGAUCGAGAACAUGCUGAAAUCGGCGAAUCUCGAGGUGGUGGGGUCGAGCCAGAGAAAAGCACUUUCUGCCCCUCCAGUUUUGGAAGAUAAGGUGAAGAAGGCGGACGACGUGAUAAAGAGCGAGAUAGAUAAAGCGAUUGACAUGGCGGGUUUAAGAUGGAAGAUAGACGAGUUGAAGGCCGAGAUUGCUAGUGGCGCGAACAAGGAGAAGGUGGAGGCUUUGGGGAAUGAGAUCAGAGAGGAGAUUUCUGCAGUUUUAGAUUUGGCGGAGCUCAAGAAGAAGGUCGAAAUAGAGCUGAAUGAGGAAGCCGAAAGUAGCACGGAGGAGGAGCAAGUGCCGGAAACUGUCAGCGUCGGCACAAAUUGGGGAUGAGGUAGUUGCUCUUGUGAUACUUUUGUUGUUCGUGCAUAAUUAUUGUAGAAUUUCUCUUGCUAUCCCCCCAGUAAUUUACGGAAACUUUUUUGUCGUAUCCUUUUUCCUCCAUGGUGAAUGGUCUUAUUUAUUUGAGAUUUCGAUGCGCGGAAAACAUUUUGGCUUCUGUAUCGGAUAUUUUGACACUGGAAAAGGUUUCCAAAGUAAUAAAUGUAACAUAUGGAGUUCUUUGUUGCUCCUGAUUUAGAGCUUAA